AUGUUGCAGAUGGCUGGGCAGUGCUCCCAAAAUGAAUAUUUUGACAGUUUGUUGCAUGCUUGCAUACCUUGUCAACUUCGAUGUUCUUCUAAUACUCCUCCUCUAACAUGUCAGCGUUAUUGUAAUGCAAGUGUGACCAAUUCAGUGAAAGGAACGAAUGCGAUUCUCUGGACCUGUUUGGGACUGAGCUUAAUAAUUUCUUUGGCAGUUUUCGUGCUAAUGUUUUUGCUAAGGAAGAUAAGCUCUGAACCAUUAAAGGACGAGUUUAAAAACACAGGAUCAGGUCUCCUGGGCAUGGCUAACAUUGACCUGGAAAAGAGCAGGACUGGUGAUGAAAUUAUUCUUCCGAGAGGCCUCGAGUACACGGUGGAAGAAUGCACCUGUGAAGACUGCAUCAAGAGCAAACAGAAGGUCGACUCUGACCAUUGCUUUCCACUCCCAGCUAUGGAGGAAGGCGCAACCAUUCUUGUCACCACGAAAACGAAUGACUAUUGCAAGAGCCUGCCAGCUGCUUUGAGUGCUACGGAGAUAGAGAAAUCAAUUUCUGCUAGGUAAUUAACCAUUUCGACUCGAGCAGUGCCACUUUAAAAAUCUUUUGUCGGAAUAGAUGAUGUGUCAGAUCUCUUUAGGAUGACUGUAUUUUUCAGUUGCCGAUACAGCUUUUUGUCCUCUAACUGUGGAAACUCUUUAUGUUAGAUAUAUUUCUCUAGGUUACUGUUGGGAGCUUAAUGGUAGAAACUUCCUUGGUUUCAUGAUUAAACUCUUUUUUUUCCUGA